ACAUUAACUUUUUAAAUAAACAAGAUGGAGUUGUAUAUAUCUAGAGACACUUCACUUUUUGGUAAACAUAUCAAUGUCUGAAAUAGCUAGGCCUAAGGGCUAAGAGUAAGACUAAGGACUAAGGAUUACUUAGGAAAAGGUGAGAAGAAGUUUUUAGUAUUUUAAAGUAUUUAAUCAAUUAGUUAUUAUACUAUAUAGUAUUAUUUAUUAUAUAUUUCUGUAACUUAUUAUUAUUAUUAAUUAAGUAUUAAUUAAUUAACUAAAGUUAAGAGAGUUAAGACUUAUUUUUAAGAGUGAAGAACUCUUACUUACUCUUACUGCUCUUAUUUAACUUAAGUUUAAGUCUUAAACUUAAGUUAAGUAAGACUAGUACUAGUAAGAGUUAGUAAGAGUUAAGUCUUAAACUUAAGUAAGUAAGAGUGAGAAUAAGUUAAUGAUUGAAUUGAUUGUAAAUAAAUAAGUUAUAGUUCCAGUUAUAGUAGUAUUAAUAAUUAAUAUUAGUAGUAAUUAGUAUUAUUAGUAAAUAGCUUCAGCUAGAUAGGCAGACCCCAAAAUAUAUCAAAAUUGUAGACAAAAUGUUGCUUGAAAUUACUAAGGAGUGACUAAAGUAAAGUUAAAAAGAACAAAGUGUCUACAUGUCCGGCGACCGGACGAAUAAUUCUCGAGAAAUUCGUCCGGCGACCAGGUCACAUGACCGCCGUAACAAACUUAGGCCAGAUAUCUGUCCGUCAGCCUUGUCACGUGACCGCUAAUAGUAAUAGUCGAUCAUAAAACUGGCGUCGGAGAUGCAUAGGGGGCAACGAGUAUACACUUCAUUUCAAGAAAUAAGGGGUGGGGGAGAAUCAAUGCAUACUAGAAGGAAGAAAUACUGAGAGUGAGAGAGAAAGGAUAAAAAUGAUAGUUAGGGUGAUAAUAGGCGGGGAGGUUGAAAGUUCACGAAGAAAUAUACCCUACAUGGUAAAAUAGGGCCAAUGUAGUGCGCUGUUGGGGUAGCCUACUUCUCACCCAAUAUUAAUAGCCUAAAAUAAAACAUUUUUGACAGUAGAUCUAUUGUCAGUCAACUGGCAAAUAUUGGUCUUAUUUUCUUUGGUUCAUAUUUUAAAUUUAGGCUACUAGGUAGAGCUUUAUAAAAUAUUUAGGCCUAAACCAAGAUUUUUGAUAACAGACUUUUUUAAAAAUUUUAUUUUGCCAAGGACCUCUUGUCACAUGACAUGUCUGCCGUAAUAAUAACACAUACUAGUCAUCCGGUGGUCAUAUGACAUGUCCGCCGGAAGAAUAUCUCCAGCACUAUUUGUCCGGUCGCCGGACAUGUAGACACUGCCUAAAAAGAAUGUACAAUAAAUUACAUACAUUCUCAUGAUUCUGAAAGAACUGAAAGGUUCAUAUUGGUAGUCAUAGGCUCAGACAUAAGACAUGUCCAGUGAAUAAUAACUCAAUGAAUGAUAUUUGGUACAAAUGUACAAUAUCAUCCUAUAAAUGCUAUAUUUAUAUCAAUGACAAUGAAGAUGAACUAUGAACGUUCGACAAUCAUUAUUGGAUACAUAAUCAUAAAUUUUGAUCUUGCCCUAUUUUAAUUUUAAGUUAUUUAUUGCCAAAAAAACAAAAUAAAAGGACAGAGUGCAAAAAUGAGCAUAACAACUCUAUAUUGUCAAUUGUGAUUCUCAGAUAUGUGGGAAGACCCACUGAUGACCUGCUAUUGCCCCCUACCCUUGUGUAGUCUUAAUGUACACAUUUCGCACAGAAAUUAUAGACAUUUAUUAAAUAUUACUAUAUUAUUUUUUAAUUAAUUUGUUAUCUGUUGAUAAUGUCAUGUCUCAUGUUGUCUGCGAAAGGGUGUAAAAAAGACAUAUUGAAUUCUUCUUCUAUAUCUUAAGGGCCCACGAUCAAUUUAUUGAUCAUUUUGGCUCCUAUGCAUGUAGAUGGGAUUUGCAAUGUUUCUGUUACUGGUGUUGAUGAGGAAAUCAUGCACUAGGGGUUUGAAGGCUUGAGGCAAUAGACACAAAUGUGUCUAGUGUUGUCGCCUCAACCGUUCUUUUUUAAAAAGUUGUGAAAAUUCCAUAAUUAAUUUAUUUAUAAAUGAAUUUAUUGUGCAUGCACAUUGCCACAAUAACAAUGUGAGCCCUCAGAAUCCUCAAUUAUUCCUUGGGCUCAACUGGUCCUACUCGAUCACUUCGAAAUAAAAAAAAGUCUUUGCCUAAGGCUUACUAUUAAAUUACUAAUUUAUUUAUUUAUUUAUUUAGACAUUUUUAUAUAGCGCUUAUCAUAAAGCUCUAAGCGCUUUACAAUUAUUAAAACAUGUAAACUAAGUAAAUACAAAUGAGACACUAGGAUAGUAACUACUAUUCUAUAGAAACAAUGAAAAUGGCUAUAAAACGAGGACACUUUGACACUUCAGGAUCAACCCGAAACAGAAAAUGAGGUAGGGCAAGGAGGGUGCAUCACAGGUCAUAGGCGGACCUAAACAGAUGAGUUUUAAGGGACUUUUUGAAAAUGGACGAGGUUUCACUAUGACGUAUAUGGAAGGGGAGCUGGUUCCAGAACGUGGGCCCAUGGAAGCAGAAGGAGCGUUCACCGAUGGUCUUAGUUUUAGUUCUUGGGAUUGAGAGGGUUCUACUGUCAAUGGAAGAACGUAGUUGUCUUGUGGGGAUGUAAGGAAGCAACAGUUCAGAGAGAUAGACAGGAAAGUGAGGGUCAGUGAACGAGUUGAAGCAAAGAUUGGAAGACUUGUAUUUGAUGCGAGAGGAUAUUGGAAGCCAGUGGAGUUGCCGCAUGUGUGGUUGAAUGUGGUCAUGUUUCUUUGAUUUAAAAAUGAGUCUGCAUGCUGAGUUCUGUGCCUUCUGAAGUUUUUCUAUGUGGUGUUGAGGAAUGCCUGAGAGAAGAAUGUUACAGUAGUCAAAUUUUGAAAGAAUGAGUGAAGAUUAAUACUACCAACCUCUUUAAUAAUACUACCAACACUUGUUUAGUACUGUUCUGUGCAUAUUAAAUAUUUUACAGAAAAGAUUAUAUGAACUUGAUGAGUAUUAGAAAACCUCACAACUUAUACAGUUGUCUGUUGUGGUUUAGCCUAGGCAACACCCUACUGUCUUAAAGCAGGCCUAAAUAUUGCCCUUUAAUUUACUUAAAACAUAUUAGAUUGGGCCUAAGGCCUAAAUACUUUUUCUUUCCAGAGAUUACAAAAGCCCAAGAACCAAUUUAUUAAGUGAGCAAAGGCAAUAGUUAGUGAUUGAAGAAUAAAUAUUUAGAAGGAUCAGGUCAAACAUUAGCGAAAGGCACAGUACAGUAUGAUAUUAUAAUUGAAACACACUAAAAUGAAGUCUAAUGUCAUGUUAUAAGUUUUGAUAAUAUUGUAUUUAAACAUAUUAUAUCAAAUACAUUACAUUGAAAAAAAUCUAAAUUCUCAAGGUCAGAUUUCUCUCAUUAUAUUUCCUAUAUGUUGUUAGACAUCCAUCAGUGAGAGCAGAUCUAUUACUGCUGUUGUGUCAAGCAAGCAUUGUUGAGAUGUAUAACAAUCAAAGCACCAAAGAGGAGCUCCAACAUAGACAUUAUCUUUUACUCAGUGAGCUUCAGAAAAUGGCCAGAGAGCUGCCAGGGUGAGUACUUUUCCAUACAGGUUCAACAAUGUCUGUACAUGGAUUUUUCCAAUAUCAGUAUGUAAACCUUCACAUUAAUUAUGUUGGAUACAUUUAGCUUAGAAAGACUUUUUUUUUCCUCUUCUCAAGGAAAUGAUAAAUAGUACUUUUGCUUUCACAUAAUGCACAUUGGCUUGUGUAACAUUGUAUUUUGCUGGCAAUGUAUGCAAAAAUAUUAUAUGCUGAUAAACUUAUUUCAAAGCAUUUAAAGAAAUACAACCAGUUAAAAUUUAUUAAAAUGUUUACCAAUCUAGUAAAUUUCAGCAACGCCUACCUUAUGACCUGUUAUCAGCUCUUGCUAAUGCUUUACUUGACGGUACAGCGUUUGAAAUUGUUAAAGGGCUGGAGGAAGUCCAACACUUGGAAGAGAAAAGUCUCUUCACACAGAGACAAAAGCUGAUUAAUGACCAUAAAUGUAAGAAAUCAAGCAUAUAAUUAUUCAUUUUAUUCUUAAACAGCAUGGAGAACCAAUUUCUGUGUUUAUAAGUGUCGUACAUUGCUAAAAUUCUUUUUCUCUUGUGCUCAACAUUCUGAAAUAUUUUAAUUGAAAUAAAGUUUGUUUCACAAAUUUAAUUAAAAAGAUCAUAUUCAUGAAAUUUAAUUAAAAAGAUCAUAUUCAUGAAAUUUAAAAAAAAAUUAUUCAUUCAUUCAUUUGAUAAUUUUCCUAGGCUAUAUAAACAUAAGCCAGAGCAACUUAUUUUUUGAUUUAAUUCAAAGUGACUACUGUAAAAUUCUUUUAUGUUCCUUAUUUUAGAUGCUUGUUAACAUUUAAUAUAAAAAUACAUGUUUCUUGUUUAGCUCAGCGCCAUGAAAUGAGCAAAAAACAUAAAGAAUUAUUGAUGGAGAAUCAGAAUAAGCCCCACAAUCUUCCUCUCAUAGAAGCGCAAGUUGAAAGGGAAUUGGAGGUAAUCUAUCAGAUUUUUUUGUUAAGAGUGCAGUCAAAAAAAUAUCUGUCAGAUUUUGAUUAUUUGGAAUGACUGAAAACUCAUUAAAAAGUAAAUUUUUGAAGAAAAAAAGCUCUAUUUAGCUUUAAAAAGUUGUGAAAAUUCCAUAAUUAAUUUAUUUAUAAAUGAUAAAUUGUUAAAUAUGUAUUGGAUGUUCAAUGUUAUUUUUAAAAAGGAAAUAAUAAAACUAAUAUAAAUGAGAUUGUCUAAAAGAGAAAACAUUUUGAAAUAUAAUUAAUAUGCUUUUUCUUUUGUUUUUCUCAUAUAUAUGAUAGGAAAUGUAUCUGAUAAAAAAUGUGACAUAGUAUCCACAUAAGAUAUCAUAUUCUUUAACACAUCCAGUAACAUGAUUGCAGUGUGCAGUUGUUAAUUUGCUAACUAUUUUCAUUUGAUCAUGUAGACCAUGGAAAGAAGAUGUGAGGAAGAAAUGAAAAGAAGAGAUGCUAAAGUAAUUUUGGAACUUGACCAAAAGCUCAUGGACCAGCAGAGUAUGUUGGAAAAAGCUGGAGUCCCUGGGUUUUAUGUAACAAAUAACAGACAAGAUGUGAGGCUUCAGAUGUAUUUGUUGGAGUUUAUCAUGAGACUGGCAACAAAAGACAGAGAACUGAGAAGUAGCAGAUAGCAUAAUUCUUCCUUGAACUUCAUGCACGUCAUUAUUAAUGGUUAUCAUUCCUAGUUACAUUGUAUAGAUGUUAAAGCAAGGAUGUCUCAACAGCAAGAAAGACCCACUGGGGCAAAGCAGUGCACCUUGGCCCCUAACUACACAAAUUCAGGAACACAAAUCUAAAUGGUCCAUAAAAUUAAUCAUUUAACAAAUAUAUUGGAACUCGAAUUAAUACUACAGCCUCUUGCGGUUCAAUUCCUGUUUAAUGUCAGCUGAUAAAGAAUCCAAACCCUCAAGCCCCCAUUCAGAGCAUGAAUAGUGCCAAAUAUGAUUACAAGUCAAAUGUCACAUGUGUUUUAUAUUAAAACACAUAUAUAUUUAAAAUUUAAUACAGUCUAGUACAGUAUUUAUUUAUAUUCACAUCAAGUAACAACCAUAGACUAGCUUUGGACCUCUAUGGCUCACUGCUGAGAGUGCCCAUUCAUCAAGACAGAUCUGCGUUCAAGUCUUUUCUACUUGCUUAUGUAAAGGGUGUUUUUUUCUUCUCACCUUAGGAUCUUCAUUUAAGCUAUUAUUAUACUUUAACUUUAAGCAACCACCUGAUGUAUCAGGGUAUCUGGACAACAAGAAAGUAAUACUCUGUACAAUAAUAGUAAUUUUUAAACAUGUGAUCACAUGCAUUUUAUUUUAAAUAUUCGAGUAAACUUUGGGAUUAUUUUCAUUACUCACUUAAAAUAGUUUUUCCUCUACCACUGAGAAAGAAAACUUUUCUGUGUGAUGGUAACAAGUUGUUGGUGUCACUUAACUGUUAAAAAAAUUUAGAUGACAGUGCACAGCUGUGACUUAUAAGUUUUAAGUAUUAAAUCUUAUCUAAAGCAAUUUGUAUUAUUUUACCAAACUGUAAAUCACAUUACCUUUAAACUCAAAUUCUCAAAAAGUAAAUCAAGAGUCAGGGUCUCAAGAGUCAAUCUUAUCUAAAGCAAUUUGUAUUAUUGUACCAAACUGUAAAUCAUAUUACCUUUAUACUCAAAUUCUCAAAAAGUAAAUCAAGAGUCAGGGUCUCAAGAGUCAAGGUUUUCUAAACAUUUACUACACCAAACGGGUAAUAUUUAAGAAUAAAUUAGCUUGUAUUUGUUCGUACAUAUUCCUACACUGAUAUUCUGAAUUUUAAAAUGGUUUUAGAGUUUGGCUAUGUCUAGUAUUAAUUCCAAGAAUAAAAGCUUGGAAACAUGCUAAUUGCUGUCCUUGUCAUUUUUUGUUUUGUGACUAUAUAUUUGAAAAAUGUAAAUUGUUCACUGCUGUAAAAAUAUAAGUUGAUUAAGUCAAUAAUAAAGUAUCAAUUUGACUAUCUCCAUUUUCAGUAUUAUUGCUUUCAUCUAUUCUUUAUAAAUAAUUUUGGACAUAUGAGUCUAUAAAGUAAUAAUGAUAAUUUGAGUUGUAAUAAUCAAGCAAGUUUUAGUUUCUUCUUCUCAUGUAAUGCAACAUCACAGCAAAUACUUGCAUUAAAAUUGUAUAAUAAUUGUUUCAUUGUG